AUUAUUGUAUUGCUUGCGCGUACCACGCUGCAAAAAAUCAGUGAAAAUAAACUGUGAAAACUACAUAAAACAUGGCAUCAACAUCAGCAUCAACAUCAAACCCAUCUUCACCACACUCGGACGCCAUCAAAAACUGGACACAACUUGAAAAAUAUCAUCUAAUGCUAGCAUUAAAGUCAUUGCACCGUCACGAUAUCGAAAAGAUUCAAGAACUCGUUGUUACAAAAACAGUCGAAGAAACUCGAGCUGCAGUGGAAUACUACACUCAAAUAGCGUUACAACAUCCCGCUUUUCUGCAAAAAGAGCAAGAUAUUAAGCCGAAAUCAUCUCGUAAACCUACAACGCCUUUGAACAGAUGGUCGAAGUUAUUGACUGAUAAUUUGAACUUAGAGGAGCUUCGAACUGAAACGGCGACUGCUGUACGCAUGAUCGCGGAUCUGGAGAACAUUCCGCCCGCAGUUUGCACAGAUAACAUAGAUUUUCGUGAAGUUUAUCGCCAAAUUGCUAACGCUAUGGAGGGCAAACCGAUCAUACUUGACGUAGCUUCCGCCUCCGUGUUCCACAAGUGUGUUCUAGAGACUGCGUUAUCAAGUAAGGCUUUUCUAAAGACUGCAGCGUUCAAAUACAUUGUUAACAAUAUAGAUUUGUCAGAUAAAGAGAUCAAUACGUUCCCGCGACCUACUGAGAAGCAUGAGCUUGGUAUCUUAAGGCAUUUGGCGUCCCAAAGAGCGUACAACCCAUUGAAUGUUCCGGAGGAAAAUUUGAAGCCGUCCUGCGAGAAUGCGCUUAAUGACCAUAAAAUGCAGUUGGAUCAACAAUAAAAUGAUUAAGCACAGACUAAAUUAUAAGUGGUAAUUGUGAAUAUUAUAUUUAAGACCACCCCUACUCUUUCCAUGGGUGUUGUAUACCCGACUAAGGGACUACACAUUUGAUAGAGACCGGGCAGCAGCGCUCUCUAAUGAACCUGAACUUUUUAUACUGCGAAUUCCAACAUGCCUGCUAAGUAUGGAUUUUAGUGCAAACCCUCAUUAUGUUCUCAUAGUUCAUUGACUGUUACGGCCUGUUGUUGUUUAAAAAAACAAUCAAAGUCAGGAAGGCACUUUUGAUCAUCAAACAAAAUAAGUGUCGGUUAGUCCUCUAGUUGCUCUAUUUGCUCGUUCCAAAGUGUAGAUUCCUAUGUAGAAGAACAAGCAAGAAACUCCAUAGGUUACUCUUUCAGGAAUCAGAAUUUGGAGUGUAGUCAAGUGUCUUUUAACAACUAGUUUUAUUAACCUGUGUGUCUAUAGAUUUGCUUACAAGAGAAACUAUAUCAAUACAUAGUAUAAAACAAAGUCGCUUUCGCUGUAUGU